AUGGCCAUGCCCUGGCCACCUCCCUGCCACCCAGCCAGAGUACGUGACACACCGACCUUGCGGGAAAAGCCACAGAGACCCCUUUUAAGGAACUGCCCUGGAGCCUUAAGCAACGCACAAGUGUGUCAUGAAGAUGGACUGGAAUUGGGUGAAACAGAGACAUUUCACAACCGGUGGAGUGGCGCAGGCGGAUGGCCAGGCUAUAAGAGAUGCCACGCUUGGGACUGGCCCCGCUCCAGCCCGAGUGGAUCUCGCUACUUUGUCAAGAUGAGCAAGACCUCCCAGAUCCAGGAACCGCUCUCUGAGCUGGAGAGGGCCAUGGAUGUCAUCAUUGAUGUCUUCCACCAGUACUCGAGACGGGAGGAGGACAGAGACACCCUCACCAAGAAUGAGUUGAAGCUCCUGAUUGAGAAGCAGCUUGUGAACUAUCUGAAGCACGUGAAAAACAAGAUCACCAUUGACGAAAUCAUGAAGGACCUUGAUAUCAACAAGGAUGCGCAGCUCAGCUUCUGUGAGGUGAUGUUGCUGAUCACCCGUGUGACCAUUGCCACCCAUGAACACCUCCACGACGUCGAGGACCAGCAGCAGCAGCAGCAGCAGCAGCAGCAGCAGCAGCACAAACACCAGCACCACCACUGAGGUGGGCUGUGGUUCCUGGCCGAAGGCACCCAUGCAGUGCUCGCAGCCCCUGGCUUUCUCCCCUCCACCCCUCUCUGCCCACCUCCCUCCUUUCCUUCCUUCAAGUUUGAUGGUUUUGCUGCCAAAUAAAGAUUUGCCCUGAGGCUGUCAAAG